CGGUGGCCGACUGCGCAGCGGAAGUUCGACGGCGCGGGCUGAGUGGCUGCGGCUGCGGCGCCUCCCGCGGUGCUCGCUGUGGAGCGGGAGGCCAGCCUAGUUCGGGCGUGAUAUCCGGGACAAGGACGGAUCCCCCCAUCCCUCCGCCCGACGUACCACCAUGGACCUGGAAUCCAAAAUGAUGAAGAUGGGCUUAGGCCAUGAACAAGGAUUUGGAGCCCCCUGUCUAAAGUGCAAAGAAUGUGAAGGAUUUGAACUACACUUCUGGAGAAAAGUAUGUCGUAACUGCAAGUGUGGCCAAGAAGAGCAUGAUGUCCUUUUGAGCAAUGAGGAGGAUCAAAAAGUGGGGAAACUUUUUGAAGACACUAAGUAUACCACCUUGAUUGCAAAGCUAAAAUCUGAUGGCGUUCCCAUGUAUAAGCGCAAUGUUAUGAUAUUGACUAAUCCUGUUCCUGCCAAGAAGAAUGUCUCCAUCAAUACGGUUACCUAUGAAUGGGCUCCUCCUGUCCACAAUCAGGCAUUGGCUAGACAGUACAUGCAGAUGCUGCCUAAAGACAAGCAACCAGUGGCAGGCUCCGAGGGGGCACAGUACCGGAAGAAGCAGCUGGCAAAGCAGCUCCCUGCACAUGACCAAGAUCCAUCAAAAUGCCAUGAACUGUCUGCCAGCGAGGUGAAGGAGAUGGAGCAGUUUGUGAAGAAAUACAAGAAUGAGGCUCUGGGAGUAGGAGAUGUCACACUCCCCUGUGAGAUGAAUGCCCACGGCCGUGACAAAGUACAUAUCUCUGGCGGGGACAGAAGCACCCCAACAGCAAUGGGAGCCCUGGAGAAGAAGUCUUCCGACAACAAAAAAUCCCAAUAUUCCUGCCACAGCUGCAAACUGGCUAUGAAAGAAGGAGACCCAGCCAUCUAUGCCGAGAGGGCAGGCUAUGAUAAACUGUGGCACCCCGCUUGUUUCACCUGCAGCAGCUGUAGUGAACUCCUGGUCGACAUGAUAUACUUCUGGAAGAGCGGGAAGCUGUACUGUGGCCGACAUUACUGUGACAGCGAGAAGCCCCGGUGUGCGGGCUGUGAUGAGUUGAUUUUCAGCAAUGAAUAUACCCAAGCAGAAAACAAGAAUUGGCAUCUGAAACACUUCUGCUGCUUUGACUGUGACAACAUCCUCGCAGGUGAAAUAUAUGUGAUGGUCAGCGACAAGCCCACGUGCAAGCCCUGCUACGUGAAGAACCACGCCGUGGUGUGUCAAGGAUGCCACAAUGCCAUUGAUCCGGAAGUUCAGAGGGUGACCUACAACAACUUCAACUGGCACGCGUCCACUGAGUGCUUUCUGUGCUCUUGCUGCAGCAAGUGUCUCAUUGGACAGAAGUUCAUGCCUGUGGAAGGGAUGGUUUUCUGUUCAGUUGAGUGUAAGAGGAUGUUGUCUUAGGAGGUGAGCGCCAAGCAAUACUGAGCUGUAACAAUCCAAAGCGGCCUGCAUUUCAACAAUAGGAUGCAAUUUCAAAACAAUAAAAGG